AUGGCCAAAACAUAUGAUUUCCUCUUCAAACUAUUACUUAUAGGAGAUUCAGGAGUUGGCAAGACCUGCGUACUGUUCCGAUUUUCCGAAGAUGCGUUCAAUUCGACAUUUAUCUCUACCAUAGGUUGGUUCAUCGAAGAGAAACCGUUGAAGAGUUCUUCGGGUGUACUGUGUUUUGCCUUGGAAUUUAGAGGGUUCAUUGUGACUUCAGAAUAUUGAAGGAAUUCUUUUAUGGUUUUCAGGCAUUGAUUUUAAGAUAAGGACGAUAGAGCUGGAUGGGAAGAAGAUAAAACUUCAAAUAUGGUGAGAGAAGAAUCAAAGUGCACAUGAUAGUUAAAAGCAAGCUACUUGUACGCCGCAGUCAUCUUCUCCGUUUUAGGUUUAGUGAGUGAGCCAUUGCUCUUUUCCUUAACUAGGCUCCUAUGCAUUUAAGUGUCUAAUGGACCCUAUAACUAUAGCAUGUGUCUUAUUACAUGCUGUGGUGUGCAUAAGUUCAUACUAUAAAUCCUUAUUUAUGGUUUACGUGCUUGACCCAGCACUUUCCUGGUGAUAAGAUAACCUGAAAAAAUAUUCCCUUCCUUUUGCUAUCUAAGAAGUACUAUACACCACUGUUUGUAACAUGAGGUGUAAUUUUGAUAAAAUGCAGUUUGAGUGCAUAGGGUUUUUAAAAACUUCUUCAAAAAUUUUUUUGUCUUUGAGGCAAUUGAUUAGAAGCUACAAGCUUUCCUAAAUGUCAGUGGUGUACCCAAAUUACAUUGUAACAUCACUAAACGCUUUUUUUUGUCUAAUGAGUGAUGACAGAGGGCGGUAGACCAGCAUCAAUAAGGCUGUAACAAUCAGGGUUUUCAUUUUUAUAAAAAGUAGUAGGAGGAAAUUGAAUUCUACCCGACUCAGUAAUGCGCCGCAGAGUGGCACCGUGCAGCAAAGGCGCACGUGGGGGAGGGUACGGGAGAGGGUGUCCCACUCUUGUUAGGGGGGGGUCCGGGGGGACCUCCCCGGGGAAAUUUUGAAAAUUUGAACGUCCAGUGAUGUAUUCUGGUGCAUUUUCAGGGCUCAAAACAUGAUUUUUAACAGGUCAAAAUCGAUAUCAUUAUAACAAAGUUUCAUCAAAAAAUUCCGUUGAUUUUUUUUCUUCAACUUUCUUCAAUCAUUUACGUUUUAUUUUGUUUAAGCCAUGACAGAUAGUAUCAGCGUAGUGUUUCACUAUUUGAAUUAAUGAUCUGAAAUUUUGGCUCAAAAGUGCCCGAUGCGAACACAGCAAGUAGCCGGCACAUGGCGUCGGGAGUCGGCAAGUUUUGAAAAUCCUGAACAAUACAUUGAACUAUCGAUUAAUUGCGAUAUUAAUGCUGCGAUAGCGUAGCGAACUAUUGAUAGUUUCAAUAGUUUUAUUCUUCUAACAUAAUUUUCUAACUUCUUUGGAAAAUAAAGACACCCUUUUUUGCCCAUCUUUGAUACCUAAGGUCACAAUAACGAUAAACAAGAAACUAAAAACAAUCUACAGCCCUACUGCACCUAUAAUGAACCAAGUCUAUAAUGUUUUAGCCUCUUGAUUCUUGAACCGCAUAGUACCUGUAUUGACUGACCACCACUUCAUAGUUAUUUCUUAAAGUAUAAGGCAUUUUGUAUAAACAGAUAUUCCUGAAAACUGUCACAAUGCUAUUGCUAUAGUACCUCCUCUAGCACAAUACUAUUGCAAUAUCCAUGUGGCCUAUUGCAAUAGUUAAAAUUUCCGCAAUAGUCACCCCUAAUCAAGGUGAUCUUAUUUAAUUGCUAUUUUUGUCAUGUGUUUGGUUGUUAGGGACACAGCUGGCCAGGAAAGGUUUCGUACCAUCACCACCGCCUACUACCGUGGGGCCAUGGUAAUUAAAAGAUUGCUAGAUUAAUUUUGGAAUACCUGGCUACUUAUUAAAUAAUCCCUCAAUGCCUUUUAGAACAAAGCAUGUCAUUACAGAAGUUGCCACUCAUAUUUUAUGAUUUAGAAAUAAGUGGCUCGGUAUUCUAUAUUCUUGCUGGGAGAGUUAACAGUCGUUUGAAUACAAAGCCAGUUUGAUACAAGUUGAAAUGACCAAUUUUGCUGGGAGAGCCAAAAGUUGGUGUGCAGUCAAACCGCUGCCUUUCCUCUUCAGGAUUUUUAUGGGUUUUGACACAUGUUGCUCUGAUACUAGGGAUUUCCAUGAUAAGCGACAGAUACAGUAGAACCCCGGUAACUGGAACUCUGAAGGGAAAUGUUAAAUAUUUCGAGUUAUCAAGGUAAAUUUUGGUGAAAUUGUGAUCAAGGAAAAGGAAAUUUAGUUUGAGUUAGCAGGGAAUUUGAGUUAUCCGAGUUUUGAGUUAUCGAGGUUCUUCUGUGCUUAAAAGUAUUGAAAGAAAACUGCAUUACUUCCAAUUGCCACCAAAAUAUCCAGUUUUAGCAGUUUCUCUCACUUCACACGCUUUGGGGAAGACAGCCACAUGUUCUUCAAAUACAUGUACAAUGACGUACUUUUCACUUGAGGUCAGCCUCUAUGUUCGAAACCUUGUUUAUACAAGUUACCCAAAGAGCAACCAAAAUUUGUUAUUGUGAAAGUUUGGUAAUUAGAGUCCUAAAUAACCCAUAAGAUACCUACAAUGCACUUGAGCACCAGAACCCAGAUUUUCAAAAGGUGGAUAGCACUAUCUUCCUGCAGUGAAUAACUAUUAGGAAAACUAAUAAUUACAUUAUUCACAGGAUAGAGAUUUGGUUAUCCACCUUUUGAACUACUAGGGCCAGGGGCAAGUUGCAGGAGAUGUUCUUCUGAUAACAUGGCUCUUAAGUAUUGUUCUGGAUUACAGUUCUUGUAAUCUUAAGAUGCUUUAUGCAACCUACCUCUAGGCUAUUAAACUGGUGGUGCAUCAUGUCCCUCCAGCAGGCUGAUUUAUUUUUAUUUCUCUUCAACUAAUUUUAUGUCCAUUCUUUUCCUGCUUGUUUAUAUUUUUGUCUCGGUUGUGAUAAUAAGUUAAAUAACAGAUACUUUCAGUGAUCCGUCUAGAAACCAGUUGAAGUGUGUCCAGGGACUUGAGGACUGUGAGUUGCUGGCUAGUGUUUAAGAACCCUUUACCCUUGUUUGGUUAGAAGUCAAAUAUUGAGCUUUUACAUAACGUAUGAUUUAUUGUAAUAUCAUUUAAUCUCCCUCGUAAACACAAAUUGUACGGAGAGGUAAAAAAAGACAAAUUAAAGUUAAAGUAUAUAGGCUUUAAAGUAAUAUGAUGUUUACUAAAAUGUCGUUUACCGGUAUUUUUGUUUCAUUGUAGGGCAUCAUGCUUGUAUAUGACAUCACAAAUGACAAAUCCUUUGAGAAUAUCAAAAACUGGAUCAGAAAUAUUGAGGAGGUAAGUAUGCGAAAAUGCACAGUAAUGGCUUUCCAUCAAGUGGGUGAAACGCACAGUUAUCGAACAGGUUACUAAUGGCUUACUCACCCAUUCAAACGGGGCUAUAGAUUGGCUGAACGGGUUAUUAAGUUUUCCAAAUGGUGAACACGAACAGGCAAAUGGCUUACUCACCCCUUUUGAACAGGUCCAUUGAGUGAACAGGUGAUUAAGUAUUCCAAACGGAACACAAACGGAUGAAUGGCUCAUGAAAUUUUCUAACAGGUUACCCAAAUGACUGAACUGCUUAAGAAAAUGGUUGGCAUAAACCAGUUGGUUAAUGGGUUUACCAGUGAUUUCAAAUUGCUCAUAAAAAACAGUAGUGCCAUGUCAUCAUUUCCAAACACAUAGAAGACAAAUCUGGUCUGAUCCAGGUUGUGUUGACAACUGUUCUGAUGAAUUAACAUAACAAGGAAGCAGUUAAAACGGUGAAAAUCAGGGAAAACCAAUAAUAAGUUUGUUUGCAUGUCCCAAUCUUUGUAGUAAUUAUUGGCCAGUACUCAUUCAGGUGUUUAAGGUUUUCUGAAUUUGACAGUAACAUUCUGUCAGACUGAUCUCAGAAAAAGAAAUUGUUAAUGACCUUUUAUUGUACUACAACUAAACAAAAGAAGAGCAUACAUGUAUUUUUUAGCAGAGAAAAAAAAUCAUGAAUACACAUUAUUUUAUAGAUACUUCCUUUGCCAAGCCAAUUCAUUGAGUGAAUGAAGCACAUAAUUAUUCUCUAAGUGUAAGAAAAGCAAUCUGAACUUGGAACUUGGUUAAUUGCUAUUCUUUAAGCUGUACCACCUUGAAAAGCUACAGCUGAGUGCAAAUUCUUUACCUUUCUCUUUUUUCUUUAGGGGGAAAAAAGAAACAGAAUAAAAAGUAAAAAAGAACCAUUCACAUAAAUUAUUAUUCAUGGAACUGUAUAUAACAAAUUUGUACAUUUGUUUAGCAUGCAUCAUCUGAUGUUGAGAAAAUGGUGUUGGGAAAUAAGUGUGAUAUGGAGGAUCGUAGAUUAGUGUCUAAAGAAAGAGGAACACAGUUGGCUACAGAAUAUGGAAUAAAGUUCAUGGAGACCAGUGCUAAAGCUAGCAUUAACGUGGAGGAGGUAUGGAUUGUCUUGUAAAGGCUUUGAUUUGAUUUACUGGAUUUGGAGACAGCAAUGCUACAGUCUUGUUGUAUUGUUAUCAACCAUUCAGACACUCACAGUGCAAUUUGGGGAGCUUAGGUCACUUAUGACAUGACUCCAUAAAAAAGGGAACUUUGACAGCAAGUUAUGAUCAAAUGAUACUCAUUAGCUAAAUCUUGGACAGGAUAAAAUUGAAAACCAUCUCCCACUCACUGGAAAUGAAAAAAUGGAACUCUAAAAUUGUAUGAAGGCCAACUCAGUGUGUCAUUUCUCAUCCUUGAUUUUAUGGAGCAAGGCCAGGUGUUAAUUUUUUGUCAAUUUUGCCAAAUAGAACAACUACAUUAGUACUAAAUUGUAAUGGUUGACAAUCACAUGCUCUGUUAGUUACACAUCAAGGGUUUUGUUUGGAACCAGCAGAAGGUUUUGCUUUAUAUAUUCCUUUUUAGAUAAUUAUUACUUAUUAAUUUUACCAUUAACCGAUACUAACUGUAGAAUUUUCUUAAUUUUAUUACACAGGCCUUUUUCACACUUGCGAGAGAUAUAAAACUUAAAAUGGACAAGAAACUUGUAAGUCUGUAGCAAGAUGGCUUUGCGUGAAUUUGUCUUAAGAACAACACAUUCAUGUGCCUUAUUUUUCUUCUUCAGGAACAAUCCAGUCCUCAAGCUACAUCAACAAUCCAUGUUACACAACAACCUAAGCAAUCCAGAGGGUUUUUCCGCUGUACAAUAUUGUAGAGUGUUUAAAUUUCUAAAAGCAAGGAUAUUCCUUUAUGAGGAAUUGAUUGCAACAUAUGUAGUGGCCAGGUGGCUUUCUCCUCUGUAUGAGUCAAGUUUUGGGCUUAUAAGACUAUCUUUUUUGGUUAAAAGGUGGAUGCUUAUUAGAGUCACAUUAUUCUGGCUAGUGCAUGAUAUCAUCAGCAAGGAUGUUCCUCAGAAUGUUCAUAAAAAUGGCCCUUAGGGACCCUUUUAUAUCAUUGCUUUUCGGUCACAAGUCCAUCCAUACACAUUGUAGCCUGCUCCAAUUUCUGUAUCCUCUAAUCAUAGAUGAUCAGAAAAUCAGAAAAUUGACACUUACAAAAGACUCUUCUCUUUGAUAAUAUUUUUCUGUAUUAAUUUUCCCUUACCACCUUUACUUCUCAUACAUUUGAGAUAAUUUUGUUCAUGUUUUACACAUGCCCCACAUUUUUCGGAUGAGUUGAUCAUAGGUUAAAGCCAUUAAAAUAAUGUGUUAUUGUGGCUGAGUAAUGUUGAAGUGGCCUAGAUUAGUCCAAAGUAAUUAUAGUCUUCAUUUUUUCAUCAAUUAUUGGGUGGACCAUGAGAAUCAAGGCCUUUACUGAUUCAAUCAAAUAAAUUUUAUACACUUUGGUGAAGAUUGGGGAAAUUAUAAAAUGAUAGAACAUGGAGAAAAUUUAACAAGCCCAUCUUAACUUGACUCAUUUACAGCAGAAUCCUGCUCUCUCUUAAUUUCAAAACACAGUUGGUCUCACAUGGCAAUGAUUUGUCUAAGGGACUAUUCACUGACACAGGAACAUUUCCUCCUGUGUGACAACAUUGAAAUGUGGUUGCAGCUCUGGAUAUCAUAAAUUGCAACUGGUUUGAUUGAGGCUGUGACCAAGGUUAGUCAUGGAGACAUGGAAAAGUAAGGCCUUAAAAGUUCCUAAUCUGAUGCAAAAUUUUCUCUUUGAUUGACAAAGAUAAUAGUACAAGUAUAAUACAAAAUGGAAGGAGCAUCUUAGAGUUUUAAUUUGUGUUUUUGCUAAAGCAAAAGUGGAUAUGUAAGAGAAGCAUAAUUUUUUGGUACACAUACAGUGUAGGGGGUUUGUCCCAGUGAUUUUUUUCUGCAACACAUUGCCCCUUGUGUAUCAAACUCAAGGUAAUGUGAGGAAAUUGAGGUACACAGCAUGCAAGUUUGAGAUAGCAGAGUUUCUUGGAAACCUUAUGAUAGUUAAUUCUACUUGUAUCAAAACAAGUUCAGUUUUGUGUAGCACCCAUGGAAUGCCAUUGCUGUGGAUUGUAAGAAGCCUCUCUUGCAGACAUUUUUUGGCUUUGUUCAUCAAUGAGAAAAUUAAUUUUUAGUUUCAUGAUGAGCCCAAACAACCUCAUUCCUACAUUUAAGGUCCUCUCCUACCUGUCCCAGUGGGUAGGAGAGGGCGGUGAGAGUGAGCUCUUGGAGCCAAAAUCUCUUUGCACAGUGAGGGGGCUAGAUUUUGAGUGUUAAAAUUAUUAUAAUAUUGUGGGAUUUCAAACCCACCUGAGAGAGAUUGUACAGUAGUCAUACAUGUAGAAGGGGAGGAUUUAUUCAGUAGACUAGUUUAGGAGAAGGAACCAUACUUGUAUGAUUUGGGAAUUUUAUCUUCUGUGUGUCAGACCAGUCCCAGAGGUCUAGUGAUCUUAUCUUUUAGGUAUUGUAGUGAAAACAUGGCUUUUGUUCGGCUCUUUUUGUUAAGAACUGAGUAGACCUUAGUCUUCUUCGCAGCCAUUCUCUGUGUCGUCAUGCAAUUUGUGGGUGGGAGAGUUGUGUAGGAACGCAAAAAUAGCUGCAAAGGAGACUAAGUGGACCUAUCCAGGAUUAAAGAUUGUUUUACUUUGUAUAAAAACAUACAGUACCCUUUAGCAUUUGAAUUAACCUUAAAUAAAAGAUUUUUAUAAUUAAUUUAACUUGGUGAGCAGUUCGUUUAUUUAUGUAAAUCAAAACAAACAAAAUAGAACAU